AUGAUUGAGCACUAUGGGUGUAUGGUGGACCUUCUUGGCCGAGCAGGGUAUUUGGAGGAAGCGUUAGAGUUAAUUCAAUGGUUGCCCAUCAACCCAGAUGCUGUGAUCUGGAGAUCCCUUUUGAGUCCUUGCUUUGGAAGAGGGAAUUUGGAAAUAGCUGAAACGGCGGGAAAGAAGGUUCUCGAAUUAGAACCUGAUGAUGAUGGGCUCCAUAGCAUAGAACGACCAGGCUUCAUCGUAGGCUCCACCGAAGAUCACUGA